AUGCAUUGGUACGGAGGGAGUAUCGCGGAGGCUGUUACGUUAUCUAAACAAAGAAAUGCAUUUUUUUUCGUAUUUGUUGAAGGUCACAAUGAACAGUCUGCAGAAAUGUCUGCAACAAUUGAUGAUAGUGCGGUGGAUAAAAGGUUGUCAGAUCCUGAAAAUUUCCUUGCAAUCAAAUUAAAGAGCGGAUCAAUUUACUAUACACAUUUUGCACAAAUCUAUCAAUUUGUUCCUGUUCCAUCUCUCUUUUUUAUAAGUAGGAAUGGAACACCACUAGAAGUUGUCUGUGCAGGAGUUGAGGCGCAAAACCUGGCAACAAGGAUAGAUAGGAUAUUAGAAGAACACAAUAAGGAGAAACAGCGGGCAGUGCAACCAUCCACAUCAAGCCAGAGUUUGAAAGAGCAAACGGUCAACCUUCUGCAAGCCGAAGCUGCUGUUAGUAAUAAGGAAGCUGCAGCAACACCACCAGUAGAUAAAAAACCUCCGGCAGAUGUAGAACCAGAAACUUCAUCAGAACCAGCGGCUAAAGUAGCUAAGACAGACUAUCACGAAGUCACGCAUUCAGGACAAGAAUAUGAAGUUGUAUGCGAUGGUGACGUAUGCGUGAGGAAACCGAAGUCGAAACCCGAAGAGCCCGGACCGAGUUCUACAGUGACUCCUACUGCCGAAUCAAAGGAAACUCCUGCAUCGUCACAGGCUGAUGUGGUCAGUCCGGAUGAGAAGGUAGAGCGAGCCAAAGAACUUAUUGAUGCUAUAAGAAAAGAAAAGACUGAGAAGGAGAAAGAGUUGGAGAAGCAAAAGGAAUUGGAGCGUCGUGCUAUCGGUCAAGGUGUGGCAGAAUUAAAAAGAUGGCAGGCCGACCAGGAGUUAAAACAAAUUCAGGAGGAACGGAAACGUGAGAAAUGGAAAAAAACCUCGCCCAGCAACGUAUCCUGGAGCAAAUAG